UAAGUUCAGUGGUUUAGGUUUAACACCUGACUGUUAACCAAUCAGUUGGUACGAACAAAAAUAAAAAGUUCAUACAAUUGAACUGAUUUUGGGUAGUGAUUACUGAUUAGUGAAGGAUAAAAUGGCUUCGUUAGUGUCAACUAGACUAAUUUUAAACUCAAUUAAACCUGCAUCGCUUUUAAGGAAUCGCAGUAUUGCUACAGCUUCAGUGAAAUGUAAAGAUUUGAGGGAUGCUCCGAUAAUUGAACCCAAGGCUGCAAUAUUACCUGAUGAAGUGGCCCACGACAAGCAGAUUGAAGAGGGUUACAUCACUAUUGAUUCUCCGGUGGACAUCUCCAAAGUCACCGGAGUUCCAGAAGAACAUAUAAGGUCUCGAAGAGUUCACAUCUUCCAGACUGUGAAGAAUGCCAUGCAGUCAGGAACAGAUAAUGUGGGCCAGUGGUCGAUGCAGUUCGAGACGAGAGAACGAUGGGAGAACCCUCUCAUGGGAUGGGCCUCAACCGGUGAUCCAUUGUCCAACAUGAGUAUUCAGUUCCGCAGCAAGGAUGAUGCUAUUGACUUCUGUGAGAAAAAUGGUUGGCAAUGGUUUUUAGAGGCUGAGAAAGAAGUAAAGCCUAAGGUCAAGUCUUAUGGUUUCAACUUCUCUUGGAAUAAAAGGACCAGGGUUUCCACUAAGUAAAAUAGUUAGGAUAAAAUUGUUAGUGGAAGUUUAUGUGUAAAAUACAGUUCUGUUUUCCCACAAAUAAA